AUGGCAACCGGCUCCUUCAUCGACAGGUUUCUGAAGGAAGAGGACGCCGGAGCGGAAGCCGCCGACGAGGAGAUGCUCCCCCACGAGGAGUUGGAGGAGCCGGAGGCGGAGGCGGAGGAGGGCGAAGGUGAUGCUGAAUGGGAGGAGGAGCUGGAGCUACCUGCGGAGGAACAGCCUGCGGAGGAACAGCCUGCGGAGGAGGAGGACCCUGAACUGGAUGCGAAGUUCCAGGGCCUCCUGGAGACGCUCCAGGCGGAAGAGGACGAGGCGGCCGAAGAGGCGGCCGUGCAGGAGCCGUCGAAGCCCUCACGCCCGCCGCAGGUUGCGCCCUGGCAUCAGCAGAAACCCAUCGGAGGCUUCACAAAGCCUCGGGAGCCGCGAGGACCUCCGCCCCCGGACGUGGCCCGUGCCUCGAAGCGGCGGACUCUGGAUCUGCGAGAAGGGCACGGGCGCCUGCAGACAUCCUCUACAGGAGCCUGGAACGUCAUGCCUCCUCCACCACCAGCGAGGCCGCCGACUCCUGCGAGCCUGCAGGGUGCGGAGGUUGCGCCGGGCGCGAAGGUGGUGCCUCCACGAGAGCCAGGCGGCGAAGCUGCAGCUUCCGCGAGCAGCGUGGGGCCGAGGCCGCCCAAAGGAGCACCUCCGCCCGGGCUGCGGGAGCAGAAAGGCGACGGUCGCGUGGUGCCUGCGCGGAAGCAGAAGGAGACCCCAGGUCCUGCCGAGCGAUCAGCCAACGCCUCAGCCGCUCUGGAGAAGGCAAAGGACCUCUUCUCCAAAGGCAAGAAAAACGGCGACCAGGCCUUCAGCCCGCCGGUUCGCUGGAAUGUCGCUGGCGCGAAAUCUUCGAAUCUGCGGGAGUCUUUGCAGAAGCACUUGGCGAUGAAGAAGCAAGAGGAGCUUCGCAAACACGAGGAGAAGACGGCCACGAAGCAAAAGACGCCUGCGGAGCCCCGGCCGUGGAAAGAGUCUUCUUCAGCUCAGGCGGCGCCGACGCCCUCGGCUCCGUCCAGGCCCCCGCCGAGCAGCGGGAGUGCUUGGGAGUCUGCCGCACUGCGGCUUAAAGCCACGGGCACGACGGAAAAGGACAAGAUGGAUUUGAAGAAUUUCGUUUCGGAUCUCCAGUUGAACGAUGAGCAGGUGGAGCUCGGCCUUCAGUUCCUGGAGAGGUCGAAGCUGCGCAGCCUCCUCGCCCAAAAGGACCGGGUGCUAAAGUCGUGCCAGGAUCCAGCGGCGAGGAUUGAAACCGUCAGAAAGAUGAUAGCAGCGGCCGAUCCCGCCGCCGACGAGCUGGUUAGGCGGAUAGACAGAGAGGACCGAGACGUCCCCAAAGCGGCAGCCUCACCAGCGCCUAAGACGCCACCGAAGGCACCGCCGAAGAAGGUGCCGCCUCCGCCGUCGAAGCCACCGCCAAAGGAGAUCUUGCAGGGUGCCGAGGGCGCUCCCAGGACGCUGCGAAAGGCAAUCGAGGAAGCUUCGAAACGACGGCCGCCUGAGCCCAAGCAGGCCCCGCCGAAGCAGGCGCCGCAGAAGCUUUGGCCCACAGAAAAGGCGCAUCCUCCGGCGAAGGCGCCCGCACCCGAAGCUGCGCGGGGCUCCACGCCGCCACCUCCACCGCCCCAAGGGCCACCACCCGGCACCGCCCCGCCGAAGGCACGGCCAGCAAGCGCGAGCAGAUCGGGAGCAAAGGCUCCGUCGACACCGCCCCCGGCACCACCGGCACCUGCCCCACAGCCACCAAAGCCAAAGCCAAGCGCGCCAAGCCAGCCGGCAGUGCCGCCGCCACCGCCUGGGCCUCCUCCACCACCGCAGGUGAUGCCGAAGGCGGAGCUGAGACCCCGGAUGCCCAAGCAGGGAAAGCCGCAGCCGCCAAAGACGCCCCCGCCGACGAUCCCCAAGGCGGUGACUUUCCCAGCCGCAAAGGCGCCGCCCGCCAAGAUGGUUCCCCCGCCUCCCAAAGCCAGCGGUGCGCAAGCGGAAGGCCGAGACAGGAGCCGCAGCCGCGACAGGCAGAACGCGGCGGCGGGCGAGGCGCAUGGCGAGGCGCAUGGCGAGGCGCCCGACGACAUGGCCGCCUUCCUUCGCGAGCUGGACCCCUCCGGCCAGAUGGACUCGUACGCCCCCCGUCUCCGCACGGAGUUCGGCAGCCGCGCCCAGUUGCGGGCGGCCGUCGUCGACGAGGCCGCCUCCGGCCUCGCCAUGGUGGAUCCGGCCGUCUUCGAGGCGCUGCAGAUGCGCGCCUUGGGCCACAAGUUGCUGCUUGUGCGCGGCUUGAAGAAGCUGCUGAGCAGCGAGUGA